AUGCCUCGAGCUGGGCACACGUUCCCCGACAGAGUGUCUGACUUCACGUCAAAACGCCUGGAGAAGCUCAAGAGGAUUGAAGAGGCCAAGGCACCCGAAGACCGCCUCGUAAGUCGCGACUGGGAUCUGGAGGUGGAGAGGAAGAUUAGCGUUCUCAACGCAGUCAGGCAACGACAUUCGAAGCGUAACUUUAUUCAGCUUGCCGUCUGCGAGCAUGUCGGAAUCUGUGAGACGGUAGAACAAGCCGAGGCCUUCUUUACCAAAGGGGGUCCACCAUUUACCUGUGGUAUUCUCAAGCUCUUCGUCGAGGCGUUUGUACUAUCGUCGAAUGGUAACAUUGAGGAAGUGCCUACGGUUCGCACCGCGCGAUACCUUUUGUUCGGUCUGUUUUCUCUCUGCAAGAACGCUGGGGUUCCUAUUGAUCGAGAUGUCAAGCGAAACGUCAUGGUGUGGGUUCAUUCUGACUUGGCUGUUCGAGGUCUGGUCCACCAUAAGCAGCGCCCAAAGGCGGUGGCAUUGCCAGAAGACUUCUCCGCUCUGCUACGAGCAUUCUUCGAUACCAAGUAUCUCACUGCGUCCCAGUACACGACUCGAAACGCUCUCAACUUUGUUCUGUGCGCUAAUCUGAUGCUGGACCGCAGUAGUCGCAUCGGUGAGUUGACGAGGCCGAGCAUGUCAAACGCCGACUGGGAAGCCUAUAAGAAGGAGCGCAAAGAUAGUCUGUUCACCUGGAGACGUGUCGAACUAUGGGCUUUUCCGGGAGGGGACGGUGGUGUUGAAUUGCGCGCUCGGAUGACCUUCAGUGGAUUGAAGAAUACCGGGCAGAAAGGCAACAAGGUCAAGGUCAUCCCAAUUCGCCUUCUCCCGCUGCAGAUGGCGGCUGAAGACACAUUACGGUGGCUUCUCAUUCUCGGUCUGAUAGACGGUGUCUUUUCAGGCAUUUCCCGGUGGGCAGACUUGGAGGCCGUCCAAUCUAGUCAGCACGGUACGAAAAUCCAUAUCAAGAACUCCAUGUUGGAUACACCGGUUUUUCGUCAACCGGUCCACAAGCCGACAGAUCCCUCAAAGUUGCUCGAAACCGAGGUGAUGAGAUCGAGUCACUUUGUGAAGCAGCUCAAGGAGUUGAGUCGACAUUGCGGCCUGCAGAGCCCCAUGCUACCCGGGGUUCUUCGACGUGGUAGCGCAUACCUCCUGGGGCUGAAAACAUCCCACGAGGAACGUUGUGCCCGGAUGGGCCAUGAUUUCAAAGACUCGACAUGCUGGGGAGCCUACCGGAAUCAGACUUCAACUGUUGAUUUUCAAGCAAUGCGCCACAACUUGGAGGCUGUCGACGUCAGCCAGAUGUUAAGUGCUUUCCUUGGGAAGUCCGACGCGGUCCCAAAUCGUGUCUCUGAGCAAGGCAUCAUCGAAAUCAGCCAGGAUGCCGAGCUUCGGGGCCUUCUUCAAAGAGAGUGUGAUGUGAUCGACCAAAUCAUACGCGAAUUUGGUUCUUUUUCAGCGGCGCGAGCUCAGCGUUCACCGAAGGUGACUGAACAUGCAGCAGUCCGCCGCCAAUAUCAAGAGAGAGCGCGAGCUCUGCUUUCCAAAAAAUACAAGGAGGAGUACCACAAGCACUUUGAAUCUCUUCCAGAUACCUCGCAGAUACCGCCUUCACCAGAGCCAGUGGAUGGUGGUUGCGACUUUGGAAACAUGUUGUUGGAUGCCGCGGAUGCAGAGGAUGUUCCUAUCGAUCCUGCCCUCCUUCAAGACGCUGACGAUAUGGCAACGCAUCUCUGCGAUAUGAUUGAGGGAACGCAUCUCGGUGAUGUUAUGGAUGCAGACGAACAGUCAGAAGACGUGCAGAUGGACGGCGUCCUAGCAGAUGAUGGUUCGAAGCGCGCUGCAUCGCUACAUGCUGCCGGAUCCGCGAGUAGAAAUGCUUUUGGAUUGAGGGUGAUGGUAAGAAACUCUAUAUUUUCAGGCCUCUCUGAUCUCAUAUACAAACAACCAGAAGGUCUUUCAGCCGCUCGGUUUGCAGAUAUCUGCGUGGAGAAAUUUGAUCACCUCCACGCCGCAGAUAAAUACUAUCCCGGCCAGGAACCCACCCCAGGGACGUUGUCUUGUGCUUUUUGUGGUAUCAGUCUUGUUGGCAAAGAUCACAAUCAGCAUAUUCGGCCUUGUGCUGUUAACACCAUGGCGAAACGCAUACUUGCAGACCUCGACAGCCAUCAAACUUUGCAUCCCCCAAAUCAGAAGUGUGGAAUGAUUGGGUUGGAUGGCGUCUCGCGCUGUGCAUCGAAGUACAAGCUGACAAGAGAUGUCAAAUCUGCAGCACAUUUCACCAGUCACUGCUACGAUUGUCACAAGGAUAAAUCCAGCGGUGUAUACCGGUGCAAUGAUGAUGGUACAACCUUUUCGAGCUGGGACGACUUUCGAGUACACCGAAUCACUCAACAUGCCGCAUCAACCACUAUUUUGCCCGUGGAUAAGCAGACUGGAAAUCCAAGGGCUGAGAUAUUGGUGUUUUGGUGCAAGAUCUGCCAACAAGCUUUCUCUCGUGCCGCCGAAGACGAGGACCACCAUUUCGUGCAGCACAUGGACGACGUCCAAUUAUCUGUGAAGGAGCAUGGAUUUGCUGGCGUGUUCGUUUCCAACAGAUGGUUUCACCCAUCAUUCUGCAUAUUCUGCCUAUACGAUGGAGAUGCUGGACUCUCAACGCAAUUUGCAGACUUUUAUACGCCACCAGCCUUCGAAAGGCACCUGGAAAGACACAUUCGGGACCUCAAUGAUGAUGCGAGCAUAGCAUGUCCAGCGGCUGUAAACACUUUGAAUGGGAUCAGAGCUGUUUGUGAUCGUACCGAGCCAAUGAACAAGAAGACGCUCGUUACACACCUAGUAGCUGAUCAUGGUCUUGUAGUCGAUAGAGACAACACGUCCUUUAAAGCAACACGCAAGAGGCAGAGACCUGUAUUGGGAGGAAAGGAUGUCAAUGAGGGCCUCCCGGGAGUUCAUACCUCCAUCAAGAAGACGUCCAAACAUGCUAACCAUGUGGAUUGA